GGGAUUACUCAUCUAUAUACAUUGCAUUCAAAGAGCUAUACAACACAAGUUAAUUACAAAUCCCUUGUGCUUUUUGAUUGAAACAAGUCAUUUCCCUAAAAAUAAUGAUGAACACAAAGAAGCUACUCAAGAUGGCCAAGAAAUGGCAACAGAGAGCAGCCCUACACAGGAAAAGAAUCUCAUUCCAAAGAUCAAGUACAUCUACUAGCAGCUCAACAGCAGUAGAAAAAGGUUGUUUUGUUGUUUACACGGCGGAUAAAGCACGCUUUGCUUUUCCAUUAAGUUACCUGGGCAAUUCUGUUUUCCAAGAGCUGUUUAAGAUCUCUGAAGAAGAAUUCGGCCUCCCAACCAGUGGACCAAUCACCUUGCCAUGUGAUUCUGUUUUCAUGGAGUACCUGAUCAAAUUGAUCGAUCUACGAAUGGAUGGAGACACAGAAAGAGCUCUAUUAAUGUCAAUCCCUACGGCUAGGUGUUCUUAUCCAUGCUCUUUACAAAAAGAACAACUGUUUGUAUUUUAGAGAAUCAGUAUGUGGCAUUUUUUGUAUUUGUAAAGAUAUUUAAGAUUAGAUAGGCUUUAUUCAGAUAUUCAACCCACGUCUCCAUAAGCAUUGUUCCAUCAAAAUCAAUUUUCAUUGUAAACAAUGACAGAUGAAUUCGUUUUGUAUA